AUGGCGCCGAUCUGCAGAGACGAACUUUUCUCUCGGGUGUAUUACAGAAAGCGCCGGAGGCAAGAGAACGGCGGCGAGGGUAUUUUGGGAAUUGGGGACCAAGAUUCCACUGUGGCUGUGAAGCAGCUGCGUCAGAUAAAGGAGGAGAAAGAUUUGAUCAUUGGUGAUCAACUUAAAGGGCAAAACGGGAAAGACAAGUCUCAAGAAAAUGGAGGUUUUGAUGGGAUUGAAGAGGGUUUAGCGAAGAAGAAGAAGAAGAGAUGUGGUGAAAAGGGCAUGAAAACUGAGAGGUUUGAAGAAAAUGGUGAUGAAGAUGGUUUAGUAAAGAGUAGAAGAUGGAGCAAAGCCGAUGUGUCCACAAUGUGUCAUCAGUGUCAGAGAAAUGAUAAUGGGAGAGUUGUUCGCUGCGGUGGCUGUUCAAGAAGGGGAGAUAGGAAGCGGUAUUGUAUUCCUUGCAUAAAGAAAUGGUACCCCAAUUCAUCCGAGGAGGAUUUCGCAGAGGCUUGUCCUGUUUGCCUUGGGAAUUGUAACUGCAAGGCGUGCCUGCGUUUGGAUGUGCCUUUGAGAUGCUCCAAGAAUCGAGACUUGGAGAUUGGGGAAGAUGAGAGAGUGGAGCAGUGUAAGUAUUUGGUGAACCGGUUGCUUCCUUAUUUGAAUAGGAUUAAUGAUGAACAGGUGAGGGAGAUGAACUUUGAGGCUGAGAAGCAAGGGUUGGUGGAGUUUGAAGGGAUGGAAAUCAAAAAGUCUGAUUGCCGUGUUGGUGAGAGGAUGUAUUGCAACAACUGCAAGACUUCAAUUUUCGACUUUCAUAGAAGCUGUCCUGGAUGCCAAUAUGAUCUGUGUCUUAACUGUUGCCGGGAAAUCCGUGGGGAGGAAAUGGUUCAGAAACUGGGGUCUGAGUGUUUUGAUGGUGAGGGAAAGAGUGGUGUGGGAACUAGGAGGCUGAGGUCUUUGUUUACAAAGACUAAGUUUGAAUGGAAAGCAGAUAAAGACGGAAGGAUUCGUUGCCCACCAGAGCACAUGGAGGGUUGUGGUAAGCAUCACUUGGAACUUAGAUGUUUGUUCCCUGGAAAUAAAGUCAUGGAGUUGGUAGACAAAGCUGAAAAUAUUAAUGAGAACUAUAAAAAUUCAUAUGCAAGUAGUGAAACUUGUGAAGAAAGUUGUUCAUGUAAAAAUCCUGUGGAUGAUGUGAAGUGUAGAAAAGCAGCUUGUAGAGGUGAUUCGAAGGACAACUAUUUGUUCUGUCCAAGGGCUGAUUGCAUUCAACCGGAGGAUUUUGUGCAUUUUCAGAGGCAUUGGAUGAGGUGUGAGCCUGUUAUUGUGAGCAAUGCGCUUGAAAAUGGUUCAGGGUUGAGUUGGGAACCCUUGGUCAUGUGGAGGGCUUUUCGUCAAGUCAAUAAAACCAAGCAUGAGAAGGAUUUAGAAGUGCAGGCCAUUGAUUGCUCGGAUUGGUCUUUCAUUGAUGUCAAUAUGCACAAAUUUUUUACUGGAUAUUCUGAAGGCAUAUUUAACAGAAAAGACUGCCCUCAGAUCCUGAAACUUAAAGAUUGGCCUCCCUCCACUGAAUUUGAUAAACGUCUUCCUCGCCAUGGCAAGGAGUUUGUCUGUUGCUUGCCUUUCAAGGAAUACACUCAUCCAUCAAGUAGUACCCUAAACCUUACUUGCCACUUGCCCAAAAGUGCUGUCAAACCUGACUUGGGGCCAAAGACAUACAUUGCGUAUGGAGUUGCUCAGGAACUUGGACACGGAGAUUCAGUGACAAAGCUUCACUGUGAUAUGUCUGAUGCAGUGAACAUUCUGACCCAUGCUACUGAAGUGACCCUUAAGCCUAAACAGCUUGCUGCUAUACAAGAGUUGAAAAGAAAGCACAGGGAGCAAGAUCAAAAGGAGAUUUUCGGAAACUUUGGCCCAAAGAGGCUCACUUGCAACGAAGACAUUGAUGAUGCAGGUGAAGGGGGUGCUCUGUGGGACAUUUUCCGUGUGCAGGAUGUUCCAAAGCUGGAGCAAUACAUAAAGAAGCAUUGUAGGGAAUUCAGGCAUAUCCAGUGUAGGCCAUUGAAGCAGGUGGUUCAUCCCAUACACGAUCAGACUAUUUAUCUGACUGUGGAGCACAAAAGAAAUCUUAAGGCGGAAUGUGGGAUUGAGCCAUGGACAUUUAUCCAGAAACUUGGUGAUGCGGUGUUCAUUCCGGCAGGCUGUCCACAUCAGGUGAGAAACUUAAAGUCUUGCAUUAAAGUUGCUGUGGAUUUUGUCUCCCCUGAAACCGUUGGCCAAUGCUUUCGGUUGACAGAGGAGUUUCGCACUCUGCCUCCAGAUCAUAGGGCAAGCGAGGACAAGUUAGAGGUUAAAAAAAUGAUUGUUCAUGCCGUCUCUGAUGCUGUGAAGGUGAUAUCUAAGGUGAAGUGUAAGGGGUAAAUCUAUCAUAAAAUGUUUUGGUUAUUACUUAUCAUUUUGUAACAUAGGUUGCCUUACAAGGAUUUUCUUUUUACUUAUCAUUGGUUGCCUUACAAGGAUAUGAUUCUCUUUACUCGAAAGCAUUGAAGGUUUUGUUAGCUUCAUCUUCUGCUCUAGCAUGGAACUGAAUCAGUGAAUCAAAGAUGAUCGAUAGGACACAUUUGCAAUUCCACCUUCCGAAUAUAUUUGUAUUUCGAGCACAAUGUUUAACAACUGGAGGAUGAUUAGUACUGCUUGAUUAUAGACAAGCUGCAGCUGG